AGACCAAUCUUUUCGCCUAAAAAUGGCUCUGUCAGAAGAGGACAUAGCUUCCUCCCUCAGUGAACCAGACCAAGCUACAAAGGGCUUUACCUUUCAGCAGACCAUGCUUAGGGUAAAGGACCCUAAAGUGUCGUUGGAUUUCUACACACGUGUAAUGGGUAUGAGGCUUUUAAGGAAGUUCCACUUCCCAGAAAUGAAAUUUUCACUGUAUUUCCUGGGAUUCGAGGAAGCAGGCAGUAUUCCAAAUGAUGCUGAUAAGAGAACCAAGUGGCUUUGUGCCCAGAAAGCCACUCUGGAGUUGACUCAUAACUGGGGGACUGAGGAUGAUCCCGAGGUGAAGUACCACAAUGGAAAUUCUGAACCUAAAGGAUUUGGACAUAUUGGUUUCUCAGUGCCAGAUGUAGAAAAGACUUGUGAGCGAUUUGAAAAGCUGGGGGUCACAUUUGUUAAGAAACCUAAUGAUGGUAAAAUGAAAGGAAUAGCAUUUGUUCAAGAUCCAGAUGGAUACUGGAUUGAAAUUCUGAAUGGUGAAAAUCUUGUCAAGGUUACAAGAGAGUUUUCAUCAUAGAAAGGCUAUUAUGACCUGUUGGAGACUCCAUCUAAGAAGUGCUUAGACAACAUUUCAGGAACACCAUUUGAGUAACAAAUUAUAUUACCGUCUUCCAUGCAAUAUCUAGACACUACAUGUAGUUAAAGAAAUAUUGUUUGUUAUACUAUUAAAUACACUUGCACUCCUGUUAAUUACCAUUAGGAAUUAUGUGAAUAAAGCUAAAUACUAGACUUUCUUAAAGAUUUAA